UGGCGCAUGACUUGACACAUAAGUGAAGGAGAAUGGAUAAUUUUAUAUUAAUUAUGUAGUCAAUUUAGAUUUGUACGUUUAAUUAAAAGGCAAAAUAAUGGCGAAGUGCAAGCAAACAGCCGAAGAAUUUAUACAGAAUACUUUUAGUCCGCACGUUGCGGUUUUGUGUAGUGCUGAAGCUGAAGUGUUGUGUCAGAAAAAUAAUUUGACUUUUGUACAGUUGGUUCAACCUUUUUGUAGAUUAGCCACAGAAGUGCAUACAAGAGAUCCUAACAAUCUUCCUCAUGUGAUACGAAACCUCCGACUAAAUGUUUGUGAUAUGACAAACCCUGGUUAUCCGACACAACCAGCAGCUAUAAGAAAACUACUCAAUGAUGCAGUGGCCAAUACGCAAUUACCAUCUAGAGAUGGUGGAAAAUCUAAUGUGACAUCAGUAGGAAACUAUGACCUACAGUUAAAUUCAUCAACACCAUGGUUUGAGUCAUAUAGAGAAAUGUUUCUGAAGAUAAUGCCACCAUCAGAUCACGAAUAUCUCAACAACUGUUUAGGAUGUAUUUUUGUUGUGUCAUCAAGCCAUGCUGAUCCUGUGGCAACCUUUCAGAGUUUAGCUAAUCAACAACUCCAACAGCAACAACAGUUUCCUAAUAAAACACCACGCUGGUUUUGUCAAGGCAUUCUCCACUAUUUUGUACUGCUACAUGAUGUGAUAGAAGGAGAGCAAGCAAGAGCUGAAUCCAUCUAUCAAAUGAUGAAAUCCACAUUCCCACCUACAUGCUGUCACUUACUUCAAAUUAAUUCCCGGUCUCUCCAGGCAGUAGAUACAAUGCGAUCUGAAGCAUCUUUACCUGAUCCUUGGAGUCAAUUUAUUCCAAAACCUGUUGAACCUCAGAUUCAAUAUUCACAUAAACCUAGGUAUUUUAUAGCUUGGGAGGGUGUUGAUUAUGACUAUGCGGAGACUGAUGAUACAGCUUUCCCAUCAAGAUUAUCAGAAGGUCCAGAAAUUGUUGAUGAUUCUAUUAUGACUAGUUCACUUGAGUUUGAUGACAAGACUAAUCUUGUUCCAGGAAUGUCAGAUUCAAUUCCUAAUCUUUCUAAUCCUCUGAUGGAUCAUCCUUUGGCAUUCUCUUCAAAUGAUUUAAGAGAUCCAUUAAGUGGACCAAACUCACCAGACGGAGAUCCUACAGCAGCUGCUAAUGGUUACCAAGAUGGUCGCAGUACAACACCAGGAACUAGUGAUAAAACUAAAUCUCGUGUUCAUGGAAUAUGUCUAACGACAAGUGAUAUGGAUAGAUUACGUAUCUUUAUGCAUGAAUUUGUUGUAAAAGCUCUGGUGCCUUGGGCAGAACGACAAAUGAGAAUAUUCAGUGAACAGCUGACAUCUAGGAAAGGUAUUCAUAGGUCAAUAUUCAGUGCUACCAAAAAAUGGUUUGGUGGUAACAAGCCUUCGGGAUAUGUCCCUUCUAAUCAGAAUACAACUGUAGUGUACACCUCAGAUGCUCCGGAACUUCAGCUACGAAGAAUGGCUGAUCUAGCCUUUCUAUUCCAGAUGUUUGAAUUUGCUUAUCAGACAUAUCAUACAGCUAAACGUGAUUUCAAUAAUGAUCAUGCAUGGUUGCAUCUAGCAGGUACAUUGGAAAUGGCCAGUUUAUCAAUAUUUAUGCAGGGUAAUCAAGCUCAAAGACCAUAUCCACAUCAUUAUAUGGAAUCUGCUAUUACAACAUACAUAGCAACUUGCAGAAAUCCUCAAUUCGCUACAAGAGCUACUUUAACCAGCACUGAUGCAUUAAAAAGUAGAGGAAUGUUUCGAGAGGCAGCAAUGCAGUUUCUGAAACUAACUAAUGAGGAUUCUGAUUUGUCCAGUGCAUUGUUUUUAGAGCAAGCAGCCCAUUGUUUUAUUAACAUGAAAGUACCUUUAGUUCGUAAAUACUCUUUCCAUAUUAUAUUGGCUGGUCAUAGAUUUAAUAAAUCUGUACAGAGAAAACAUGCAUUAAGAUCUUACUCACAAGCAUUACAGAUCUAUAAAAGUAAACAUUGGUCUCUAGCAGAGGAUCACAUUCAUUUUACUAUUGGACGUCAAUCAUUUAACUUGAAACAAUUGGAAAAUGCUACUGCUGCAUUUAAACAUCUUCUGGGUGAAGACAGCUUACAGGUUCCCACUCAACAGGGUUCCUUCUUAAGAGAAUAUCUCUUUGUUUAUAAGCAACUGUUAAGUCAGGAAGCAGGAGAAAAUAGUUCUUAUGGUCGUCUACCAGAAUUACCGUUACCUAAUGUAAAUGCUAAUGCCACUAAAGUAUUGUUAGGAAAGAAAUCAACUCCAUCAGAAAAUGUACGUAAAACGCCAGCAUCAGGAAUAUGGUUUGAUGAAGACCCAGCUAAUGUAACUGUAUGGCAGAAGCUAGAAGAAAAUCUGGUGAAAUCAGCUAAUCAUGGUAGUUUAUCUGCCAUGUUUCAACAAACAAUCCAGUGUUUUACAAAUCACACAGAAAAUAAAUAUAGUCCAACAGGUUUUGUAGGAGAACCAAUUACUGUUGAAGUCAAUGUAGAGAAUCCACUACAAGUAACGUUAGUAUUAUCAGAAGUCAUGUUAUUAUGGAGUUUUUUACCAUGUAUAGCUGGUACAGAUAAACCACAACUUAUAUCUAAUGAAAUAUCUACAGGUGUUAAGAAUAAUUUAGCUGAUGAAAUAAUUCAAACUGCUGUUAUAAAAGAAGUUGUGUUACAAGGAAAAGAAAGUCAACCAAUUCAUCUGACAUUAGUACCACGCCAACCCGGUGAGUUAAGAAUUGUAGGAUUAGCUUAUAAUCUGGGUACAACACCUCAACAGCCAGUUGUAACAUUACCAGGAGAAUCCAAUAAAUCCAGUUAUUUUAGUAGUGUAUUUGUUCGUGGUAAACAGAGAUUAGAGGUACAAGGACCUCGUCUUAAUAAUACUAAAGAAGAUAAAGUCAACAAAGCGUAUGGUCCAGAUAGAAGACUUGAUUUGGUUAUACAAGAAGAGAUGCCAAUAUUACAGGUGAAUUUCUGUGAUUUUCCGGAUGCUUUAUUAUGUGGUGAAGUUCAUUGUAUAGAAAUAGAAUUUACAAACUGUGGUCGUAGCCCUUUAAGAACACUUAAACUGACUACCAGUCAUCCAGAGUUUUGUACGUUUGGUGUUGGAUCCGAUUUACCUAAAUAUCCAUACGUCUAUCAGCAGCGUUCGAGUAAAACUGAUACUUCCAUGUGUGAUAAAAUUGAUAAAAAGGAUUUUUUUAAUGUGUCAAAUGUUCUGGACAUUCUGUUAAGUGAUAAUGUAUUGAAGCCAGGGGAGACAAUAUCGCUACCAAUGUGGUUACGAGGAAAUGAUAUAGGAGGUGUGCACGAAGUAGAUUUCUUGUUUUAUUAUGAACCUUUAACUCAUCAAUCGAAAAUCAAGUAUAGGAUUUUACGACAUCGUGCAAUUAUUAAUACAGUAGAAUCACUUAGUGUUCAUGUAUCAGCUUUUCAAUCAAGUGCUUGUGUUAGUCGUAAUUCAGGAGAGGAGCUCAACUCGUGUACAAUAUCAUGUGAACUGGAAAAUCUAAGUCAGGUACAGAUUCAAAGACCUCACAUUCAAGAAUUACAGAUAACCCAGGUAUCUUGUGUAAGUCCAGUAUGGCAGAUAUCUAGUCUUAGUACCUGUGAUCAGAAAGGUAUUAGAAUCGGUAGCAGAGAAUGUCUUCAGCUGGUUCUGAAGGGAACAAAAUCAAACCAAAGAAAUGGUGGUAAUUUAUUAAUUAGUGAAGUGCCCUUUGAUAUCGAGCAGGUGAAUAGUGUGUCUACACCUUGCUGUGAUUUUUACUGUCGAUCACAAAUAUGGCAUGAGACUCGUAGAAAACAGGAUACUGCCGGUGAUAAAGAUAGACAGUUUGAGAUGUUAAAUCAAGCUUUAAAUGUAAAGAUGAUCUUAAUAUGCCUGUGGAAGGCUUUCGUUGCUCAGGAAAAUGGUCAGAUGAAGAUAUUAGUGGGUCAGCAUCAUAUUCACUUAGAAACAGUUAAUAACGUUGUUACUUCAUAUCCAUUAGUCUUAGCGUCAUCUGAUCAAACUCAGCUAAAAUUUAUACGAGAGAUUGAACCUGAAAAUGAAGUUAAACCACGACCUGAAGUUACAACUAAACUUGUCAGCUAUUCAUUUCUAUAUAAAACUAGUAUUAAACAUGAUUUUAACUCUGGGUUAUGUAUUGUACCUGUGAGUUUAAAAUUACAAAAUCAUUCUGGAGUAAAGUUAGAUAUAUUAAUAGAUACUUGUCAAGUUACAGAUAGAUUGAAAGCAGUACAAACAACUGAUGGUUCACAAGCUCAUUUGAUCCCAAUCAGUACCAGUUUUAAUUGGGUUGGACAAACAUUAGCACAAGUAUCACUGGAUGUUGGAGAAAGUAAACAGGUACCAUUAAGAGCAGGUUUUUGUCGUCCAGGCAUGUAUAAUCUGAAUAAUCUGGCAGUGUUUGUUACAUACAUGAAGGAUCAGUCAGAGAUGAUACAACAGAAUCACGUUACACCAAAUGUUUUAACUUUAAUUGAUUUGUUUGAAACUUAGCUGACUUUGUUUAUUAUAGUAAACAUCAUGUAAUUUAUUAACUAAUCAACCAUUGUAAUUGGCUUCAGACUUGAGUAACACUACAAAUUUGAAAUUUGUUACUAGUGCGAUAAAUUAUACUGUUCUGUAGAAGGGAUCAAGGUUGUUUAUUUGGUAACAGAGUUCAGUAUUAACCUUGACUUCCAUGAACUUUUACUUGUUGUUGAAAUGUAUUUUUAUUGAUAUUAUCAUAAUUUAGACAACAUUCAAACGAUUUGCCCUCUUCCGGGUAAUUGUUUUGACAAGCUUAUUUACUUAAAGAUACAUUCCCACAAAAGUAUUUAUCAGGUGGUUAUUUCCAAUAAAAGUAUGGCUUACUCUGAAUUGUGUAUCAUAUUUCACCUUUCGUAACUAUAUCAUAUUCAUAUAAGAUUUAUUCUGUGUAAAUUGAAUUGGACAUUGAUGAAACUUGUCCCUUGGUAAGUCAAAAGUGGUUGUACUCAUGUACUUUAGAUCAUAAGAUCUGUCAUUCAGUUAGGUAGCAAGCUUUUCAUCUCAAGUUUAUAAAUGACACGGAGUAGUGUUGUCUGUCCAACAUCACGGAUCUUCUCUUUUCACGCAAGUGAAUUAUUGAAGUAAAUUGUAACAUAUGUUAGUCCCAAAAGGACCUUGUUUGUGUUGAGUGAAGCGUAAACCCCCUUUAUUCUCUCAUUAGUCAGAAUCAUCCGUGCUAACGACUGAAUGUAAUAUAUUAACUUUGUAACAAUGUCAAUACAACAUAUGCAUCACCAUAUGUUAGUCCCAAAAUGACCUAGUUGAUGUCUAGAUAUUAAGCCCCAUUUUUCUAUCUCUCUCUCUAUCAAGUCUAAAUCAUAUUAAAUUUGUAAAGAUGUCUAUACAUAUACUUCAACUGGGAUAUUGAUCAGUGGAACUUUUUGUCCCAAAUUUUGGUAAUUUUAAUUUAUUUCUCCUGUUUAAUUAUAUUAUACCUGUUUCGGUCAUUUUGAUUUUGUUAGUAGAAAGGUUGCGUGGGUAGAAUGAGCUAUGGCCUCUUAAACAUUGGUUUUCAUUAUAUUUAGUUUCCAGAGAGAGUACCAAGGAGUAGAAAUUUAAAACUUGGUGUGUAGGAGGAGCCUGAGUGCCCAGAAUUUUGUCUAUCCAAAACAAUUAUUGUCCGAAAAACAAAUCUUUUUACUUUUGUACCAAAAUUGCCCAUUUUCUGCUUAUCUUUCUAUUAAAGAAUAUUUUUUCGUAUUUGCCAGGUUGACAUCAACUGAAUCAAUCUAAUAUUUUGUGGGGAUGUAUCUGGGUACUAACCCAUCUCACAGAAGAAAUUCGGGCCAAAUCACUGACCCAAGAGUUAUCACCCCCAGCAUAUAUUGUCUUGCGGGCAUGGUUAUGAUACGAUAGUACCUGCCUUUUUGGCUAAAUAUCUUGUGUAGAAGUUAACUUUCAUAUGCAUUUCUAUUCUGAAAUUUGAAAUUAAUAUUUAAAAAAAUAAAUUGAUUGAAAUAAUAUGCUUUAUUAUCACUGUUUAAUUUGGGUUAAUAUAUAUUAUGCAUUGCAUACCAAUACUUGCUCAAAUGAAUUUCCUGUAUGAAUGCAAAGUGAAUGAAUAAAAUUAAUUUCAUAGAAAUAACACAUUUAGAAGUGGUGCCGAGACAACAAAUAAGAAAGCAGCACUAAAAGAAACAACACUAAGGCCUUGAUGUUUGUGCACACAGCUUAUUGUAACAUUGUCCAUUUUUCUGUCCGGUUCUAAUUCAUGCGAGAUUAUAAAUCUUUAAUAGUCACAGAGACCAAUUCUUUUCAGCCAUCUUACAGCGGUUUCCACCCUGUAUUUUCCUCGUCAGAACACAGCCUGUAUAAAAAGCUUUAUAUAUCUUCAUUUUUCAUUAUUGUCACUCCCAGCUACAAUGGUUGGUCAUUGUUAUUAUCAUAGUGUAUUCUGUUGAUAUUAUUAUUAUUUAUGUAUAAUUUGGUUUUAUGAUUUGUUUAUUAUUAUUUAUAAUCAGGUAUAUAUUCUUUAAUAUAUAGAAAUUAUUAUUAGUUGUCAACCUUGUUAAUGAAUAUUCAAAACGCUUUAAUAAUAAUAUUAUUUAAACGUUUUGAUCGAUUGAAGAGUAAUAUGAUAUAUUAUAUAUUUAGCAUAUGUGUAGUUUAUAUCUAAGGAAGACUUCCUGUAUUAAUGUCAUGGAUUGAAAAGAUUUUAAAGAUAAAUUUCCACAUACUAAGGUUAUAGAAGAUAAAUAUAUACAUGUUUGUCAGGAAGACUUCCUGUUUGAAACUCUAAAAGUCAAGUGGUGUUCUUUAUACUAAUCUACAAUUAUCACUAAUCUACAAUUAUCACAUUCUUUAAGUGGCAUUUAGUAACUGGGCAGAUAAAUAAACUAUAAACAUACUUAUGGAAAACAGCUACUGAUUUAUUUAGGCGACGUUUUGAAGAGUAUUCUCUCAACUUUUUCAAGCUAAUACAUUUUAACAAAAUUUGAAGCAACAUAUAUAGACAAAAUUACAAUAACAAGGUUGAAACCAUACAUGGCAACAACAAGCUCAAAGGCCUAUGACACAGUGGGGUUAUGAUAUACAAAAAUAAGAUAAAAGGGACUAAUUAACUUUCAAAUUUUGUUAUAAUGUAUUGGCUUGAAAACGUUGAGAAAAUACUCUUUGAAACGUCGCCUAAAUAAAUCAGUAGCUGUUUUCCAUAAGUAUGUUUAUAGUUUAUUUACAUUUAUCACGUUUGAUUACUUGCUCCUAGCUUACUUGACUAGGAUCUUUGAGUACGUUUGAACAUGUGUAGUGGGAACGGGUAAUUGAACAGCGUGGCGCUUUGUUUAGGUAUCAAAAUGGAAGAUAAACGCCACAAAACAAUUAUGUUCGGUGUUCUGAUAAAUAACGACGAGCAGACAAUAAUCCACCGACGGGCUAUAAUUGAUACUGAUUUUUUCAUUGGCAUCUUAUUGGAACUUUUAAAUCGGGAGAAGUGAAACAAAGUUAAGAAAUUUUGGACUGUUGUAAAUUUCUCGGACGCCCAAGAUGAAGGACAAUCGAAUAUCAUACAUCAACUGCAAUAAUUUCACUUGGUCGUACUCCAGGCUGGAUGUGAUCAUCAAAUUUUCUUUACCCAUGUUUACAUCGGCUGGCCUGGGUUUACACAUGACGCUAGGGUUUUGAGGAAUUCUUGUAUUUUCCUCAAACCAGAUACCAAAUUUCAGGAGGGAGAAUUCCUACUUGGGGACCCAGUCUGCCCUCUUCAGCCAUGACUUAGGACUCGACACAAUGAUUUUGAACAAAAUUGACCCGUAAUCAAAAAAGAAUUAAUAACGGCUCAUUUCUGCGAUAGAACGCGCCUUUGGGAAACUGAAAGGAAGCUGAGUGUUCUUUUCUAACUCCCGGAAUCGUUGCCCCAAGAUGUUGAAUCACUAAAAUAAAACAACAAUACUGUGAAAUGGAAAUACUGUAUUUUUAAUCGGAGCAAACUGUCAACAAUAAUUCUUCCGUCCCCUAACCUUAAUUUAAAAAUAUAACUUCGAUCAAUAAGUUGAUUUGCAGCUAAGUGAAACAAUUGGAUUAUGGGACAUUUCCCGAAGUAACUUGCUCCUCGGGGCAGGUUACUUUGACCUGGCGCUUGUAAGCUGUUUAAAUGACAUCGGUAACCCGCAUGCACUUGUGGAGGAUUGAGUAAGUGCAGCGCUAGUAAUCGAACGCACCCUUUAUAGUAUACGAUAACAAGCAUGACUUAUACUGUACAUCAUAUACAUAACCAAACUAUUCUCUCUCAUCAAAAAUUAUAAUUAUUUUUUAUUAAAGGCACAUACAGUUAGAAGUGUAUGAAUUAUUAUGAUUUUGUAUAGUUAUACAAUGCUAAAAUUUAAAGCACAUUGUAUAAUAUAAAACAAGAAAUUAAUGUGAGCAAGAAACUAAUGUGUUAUAUAUAUAGAUUAAUUUCAAUAUUCAUUUUUGUUCUGUAAGGUAAAAUAUAGUAUAGAGCAUUUAUGCUGUAAACCAGUGGUAUUGUCAAACAUUACACCCCUAUAAACAAUACAACAAUCAGUAAUGGUUAAUCAGAAUAUACAUUAACAAAAGUUGUUGAUAACAUAACAGUGGUGUCAUUAUGUGCUGUUUUAAUUUACAGGAAAUCACUCAUUUUAUAUAAGAGUAGGCUACAGUGGGUAGCAUUAAUUUUAUGAUGUGCAUAUGUUAGAUAACAUGAAUUAUUUGCCCUAGUUCAACAGUCUGAAAGAUAUAUAUAUUUUGUAAGGUAACCAAUGUGUGGUUAAACCGUGAUCGUGUUAGUGUCGUAAAGCAUUGAAACAGAAAGAAGUAAAAAUGUGUGGUACAUAGGAUAUUUUUGAUCAAAGUUACCUUAGCUAAACAUUCUGUACUAAAUAUGCAUUUAUACACUUAUAGACUUUUUGGUUUGAAUUAAAAUCUUGAGAUAUUAUUGAUAUUGCAUAUUAUAUAUAAGUAAUAUAUACAUUCCUUAGUAUGGUAUGUUUUGUUAGUAUGGUUUGUGUUUAAUUUGCCAUCAGUGAGAACACCUAACCCUUCUCACAACCUCUAGUUCAGUUUUCGCCUUAAUUUUACCAAAUGAACCUUGUGGGUCAGUGUAGGAGAUGUUGAUAACUUGUCUAUAUUUAAACAUGCUUGAAUUUCUUUCUCCCUAAAAAAACAAAGAGAAUAUGCUAUGUAUAUUUGCCAAAAUUUGUAUGAUAUUGUAGGUUUUUUGUAAAUGUACAUGUAUGCAGUGUAUCUAACUUUGUUCCAAGAUAUAUAAUUUUAGGUUCUAAAAUGCUUAUGCAAUUAAUGAACAUAGGAUGUAGUGUAAUGUACUUUAACAAAGAAAUAUGUUGAAUGUGAAUGUAGCUGCUCAGAGCAAAUAAAGUUUAGCUUUUGUAUAAUUGAAGUUUCUAAGUUCUCUUGUAAAUAUGUAUGCACUGUGUAGCUUAUAUGAUAAAAUACACAUGUACAUCUCCUUUGUAGGGUUAACAUUAGAAUGUUUAAUUAAUAAGUAAAUAUAUAUAUAUAUGUUUAUAAUGUAAAUUGAUUUUAAUUAAAGAUAAUUAAUUUGAAAAUUUUAUAGAAAUGGUUUCAUAUAAAUGUAUUUGUAUUAUUGCUAUACUCAUUUCAAUAUUAACUAUAUUAUGAUAAACAUGUGAGGUCGGCUCAAGCUCAUGGCUAUAGUUGUUUUUAUAUACAGAUAAUCCAACAUAAAUGAUUAUUCCAUUUUGAUGUAGGCCUAGGUUGUGAUUCUAUGCUUGUAUUAGGAUAAUCUACUUGAAGCAUGAAAUUUUGUGUUUUUCACAUAGGAUAUAUUUUAUUCAAAGCCUCAGAUGUUCUUAAAGGCUCAAUACCACUCUUGUUGUAACUGAAUAAUAUGUCCCAAUCUUUAUUCUGGUCAACAAAUUGUACUAUUUUACAAUAUUCCAAUUAAUUGAUGAUACAAAUUUAAGAACUUGGAAAAAUUCAACUAAAUGAUUUGAAAAGCCUAACGUAAAGCUUUUCAAAUGUGACUUGGAUUUAAAAAUAUUUUUGAACCCUCUGGACAAGUAAAAUAGGAUUUAAAGGAUAAUUUACACAACAGGUAGGACACUAACACAUCUAGUACUUAGAAUAAGGCUAUUUUUUAUUUUCUGUCAAGCCAGCAAGAGUGUUAUUAUCCCUUUAAAGUUUCCUUAGAAAAUAUGAAAUUUUGCUACAUUAUAAUUGUUUAAGACAACCAGACAAAAUUAAUUUAGAAAGAAGACACUUGAAAUAGUGUGGAAACGGGAAUACAUGUUGAUGUACGACAUAGAAACCCAUUGCCUGUAACCCAACUUCAAUAAGUGAUUUAGGCCUCAGGAAGUUGGAAUGAGGAAAAAACAAUGAUAGACAUUUACUAACUGGAAAAAUGUCAGGUGCCACAAAAACCAAGCUACCGUCUAAAGGUGGUUUUGAAAAUAAAUAGAGAAGGUACUCCUCAACUAGAAUAUACAAAAAUAUAAAUAACUAUACUGUAUCAAAAAUGAUUUAGAUACAUUUCUUGUUAUUUGUUCGUGCAUUUCAGAAUUAAACAUUGUUUUAAAUUAUGUGCAAUAUUUGUGUAUGGUAACACCCGAGUCUUAUAUAUAUUAAUAUAUUAAUUGUUUUUGUGAUGAGGAAAUAAACAAAAUAUUGCUUCCA